AUGAGAAAGAAAGGGGUUCCAAAUAGAUUCACUAGAGCCUCAGGGAUCAAAGCUGUUGAUCCAGAAAUUCAACACCUUGAAACUUCUCUCACCGAUCUUCCAUCACACAUCACAAUCCAAAUUCUUCUUAGACUUCCCCUUAAGUCUAUUCUCAAAUGCAAAUGUGUUUGUAGAAGUUUGAAAUCGUUGAUCUCAAACCCUGAAUUCACCCAUCUGCACUUCAAGGAAGCAAAACCUGGUGUCAUGAUUCGGUCCAAUGAUUCAAGAACCCUACACUUACUUGAUCAAUUGAAUAUGUUUGAAGAUGGCGUUGAUAAAGAAAAGGUACAAUUUUGUGGUUGUUUUCGUAUCUUUAUCAACCAUAUAUGUAGAAAUCCCUGGAAGCUUGACCCUAAAUUCAAACUCCCUUUUCGUGAGAGCAAUUAUAGUGUGGUGAAUUCAUGUAACGGCCUUAUUUGCUUGUGUGAUCCAUUGAAUAACAAUCCUUUGGCUGUGAGCAACCCAGUUACAGGCGAGUUCAUAAGACUUCCAGAUUCUCACCGAAUUCAUUAUGAAAGUCAUGGAACCCUAAUAUAUGUUGGUUUUGGUUUCCAACCUAAAACUAAUGAAUAUAAGGUGGUGAGAAUUUUGAAGGAAUCACCGAGACGUAGUACCUUUUUGUGGUAUUCUAAGGAUCUGGUUGUUCAAGUUCAUACUGUGGGAACAUCAACAUGGAAGAAUGUUGUUGUUGAUCCCAAGCUUUUCAUUAGGUACCUUACAUUUCCCACUUGUGUGAAUGGGGUACUUCAUUGGAUAGUUUCUCAUGAUUGGAGAGGUUUAAUAUUGUGUUUCAACUUUGAAAGUGAGAGCUUUGAAUACCUCCCAACUCCUCCUGGUGUAUUUAAGAAUAAUGGAAUCACAGAUAUCGAAAGGAUAAGCAUGGCAGAGUUAAAGGGAUUUCUCUACAUCUGUGAUUCAUCUUCUAAAGAUAUUCCUGUUGUAGUGUGGAUUAUGAAGGAAUAUGGUAUUGGGGAAUCUUGGACAAAGAUUUUCAGCGUUGACACUAGGGGCGAACAUUGUUGGCCUUUAGGUGGUUUGUAUUGGCCUGUGAAACAUUUUGAGAAGGUUGAUGCCAUAUUGAUGUUUCAUUCUGACAAUUACUUUAUCUACUAUGAACCCAAAAGAUCUUUUUCCAAGAGUCUUAUGGUUCGUGGGAGACCUAUGGUUCGUCGGACUGGAUCGACAUUUGAUGUUUUUCCUUACAUUCCCAGCCUCAUCUCACUGAAGGAUGUUGUGAAAGAGGACAAUGUAGAGGUUCUCAAUGUCUACUCACGGUAA